AGCGUCUUGCGCAUGCCCAGUAUACAGCGGCCUCAGCUAGGGCACCCGCGCGGGGUCGCGACGUGCCGGCUGCUUUGCCACCGUCCGGCAUGAAGGGCUGGGGUCUUGCAUCUGCCUUCUUAUCGCUCCAGUGUCAUGGAAUGUCUGCGGAGCCUGGCCCAGCUCCUACCCCGCGCGGUGGGGCUGCCCCGGCGCACUUUAUGCGCUUUGGCUGGGGCGCGCCCCGUGACCGCCGCCGAACUGCUCGGAAGCAGGCGGACCGCGCCGCUGUGCGGAUCCUACCGGCUCCGCUUGGCAGGUGAAAUUCACCGGUUUAGAACUUCUGAUGUCUCUCAAGCCACUUUAGCCAGUGUAGCCCCAGUGUUUACUGUGACAAAAUUUGACAAAGAGGGAAAGGUUACUUCUUUUGAAAGGAAGAAAACUGACUUAUAUCAAGAAUUAGGUCUUCAAGCUAGAGAUUUGAGGUUUCAACAUUUAAUGAACAUCACAACCAGAAACAAUAGGAUUAUCAUGAGAAUGGAGUAUUUGAAAGCUGUGAUAACUCCAGAGUGUCUUCUGAUAUUAGAUUAUCGUAAUUUAAACUUAGAGCAGUGGCUGUUCCGGGAACUCCCUUCACAGUUGGCUGGAGAGGGUCAACUUGUCACAUACCCUUUACCUUUUGAGUUUAGAGCUAUAGAAGCACUCCUGCAAUAUCGGAUCAACACCCUUCAGGGAAAACUUAGCAUUUUGCAACCACUCAUCCUCGAGACAUUGGAAGCUUUAGUGGAUCCCAAACAUUCCUCUGUAGACAGAAGCAAACUGCACAUCUUACUGCAAAAUGGCAAAAGCCUGUCAGAGUUAGAAACAGAUAUUAAGAUGUUCAAAGAGUCCAUUCUGGAGAUCUUGGAUGAAGAAGAGUUGCUGGAAGAGCUCUGUCUGACCAAAUGGAGUGACCCUCAAGUCUUUGAGAGGAGCAGUGCUGGGAUUGACCAUGCAGAAGAGAUGGAGUUGCUGUUGGAAAACUACUACCGAUUAGCUGAGGAUCUUUCCAAUGCAGCUCGGGAACUUAGGGCCCUGAUUGAUGAUUCACAGAGUAUCAUAUUCAUCAACCUGGACAGCCACCGUAAUGUUAUGAUGAGGUUGAACCUACAGUUGACCAUGGGAACCUUCUCUCUUUCGCUCUUUGGACUAAUGGGAGUUGCCUUUGGAAUGAAUUUGGAAUCUUCCCUUGAGGAGGACCACAGAGUGUUUUGGUUGAUCACAGGAAUUAUGUUUAUGGGAAGUGGCCUCAUCUGGAGGCGUUUGCUGUCAUUCCUCGGACGACAACUCGAAGCUCCUUUGCCGCCUCUGGUGGCCUCCUUACCUAAAAAGACCCUGCAGGCAAAUAGAAGGAUGGAAGUGAAACACAGCUUCAGACCGGAUGGACUUGGAUCAAGCAGGAGUGUCCUAACAAACCGUUAGGAACAACCCAGUGGAAACUGAUUUUUUUUUUUUUUAAUGGUAGUCACAGAAAACACCUGAUACUCGUAUUUUCUUCUAUAGAGUCAGAGACUUGAGAAAAAAAAAUCACUGACAUUUAAAUUAUAAUGUCUGUUGAUAAAAACAUGGCAGUCACAAUAUUAGAUAAUAGCAUUUUCAGAAUUCUUAGUACAGAAGCAAAGCACUUGCUUUGUAAAAGGCCAAAAUUUUAUUUCCUACAAACUUAAGGAUAUGUAAGACAUGGAGAGAUUAACAUAAAAAUAGCUUGUGGUAUUGAGUUUUAAUUUAUAUAUGUCCACAAAAGUACAGACUUGUACCAAACAAAACCUGGAAACUUGACAGCCCACAGUUAUGAGACCAGGUAGCCAUAGUUCUUAGGACAGGGAGUCAUGUUCUCUUGAAUUUCCUCUCAGGUAACUGAAAAGCUAGCAAGGUGUAUAUUAAUCUUAAACUCUGGGAGUUUGUGCUUUAAAUCAGUCUUUGACGUAACCUUGUCUUCUCUUUGCCCCCUUUUUAUGUAAGGUGAGUAAAAAGAAGGAAAUGAGAGUAUCAGCUUUAUACAGAUUCCAGUUAAUCAGGAUUUUACUUUCUCAGUCUGUGAAACUAUUUUUCUUUGCUUGGCUAUAAUUAAAGCCUUUGGAAAUAGAAUUGAAAGAAACUGUUUCCAUCCUGUUACUAUAUUUUCUAGAGGUUAAGUACAGUUAUGCAAGAGAACAUUAUAGUUAUCUUUGUCUUCCAGAGAUAGCAUAUGUAGAAGGUUCUGGAAUGUCCACAGCAGCCUUGGUACUGUAAGUGUAGUAAUAAAUAAUGCGUCCCCUGCUGAUUGUGGGGGAUACCUGAUAACUUAAUCUGUCAUGUAAGGAAGUUUAGGGGUCCAUUUACCAGGUUGUUUGGUGCAAGGAGUUAAAAUGCUCUUCCACUAACUGAUUUGAAAGAAAAAAUAGUUAUAAUUUUCCCUCUUCCUGGGUUUGGUUAUGAGAGGACGUUAGGAUGGCAUGGAGCAGGCUGGGCUUGUCUUAGAGUGCACUUUGUGGUAUGUUGGUUGAAACGUGAUGUACAGCACUCUCUAGCAUCUUACAUCUGUUUAAUCUUCAAGGAAAGUAUCUGACAACACUUAGAUUUCACAGGCCACACUUUUCUUCGGCACACCUCGGAGCAUGCUGCUGCUAUUUUUGAUCUUAUGUUAUUACUGUAAAAUAAGUAAUACUACUUAACUGUGACAUGUGAAGAAUUGGAAGUCAGAGGGCAAAAUUUGAUUUGACUAAGACCAGGCAUAAAAGAAUUUUGGUCUUUUUUCUUUCCGGUGUUAGGUAAAAAUUUUUUGAUGAGUCAUGACUCAUCACUAAAAAGGAAAAAUAAAUGCAUCUACCUCAUAAGUCUGAUAAAGGGAAAGUAAUGAUGGCUUAUAGAUUUUUUUGAAGGUGAUUAGAUCAAGGAUGAUUUCCAGAUGGCAACUAGCCCUACUUUAGUUAAGAAUCUAGAUGGCUGUUAAAGAGCCCUCAAAAAUAAUAAAAGAGCCUGUGCCCCCCAAAAAUUUCAGUUUUAAACUCAGAGUUCAUAAACUAUUGUAAGUAAGGUGAAAGAAUACCGAACAGUUAUGAGUAAGCAGGUAAGCGUAUCCUCUUUAAACAUGUAUGAGUACAGGGAAUGAUAGUCUUAGCAGAUGGUCUUUGGGAGGCCUCAAAGAAAAGGUGGCAAGACUAGACAUCAUCAUUUUAAGAUGCUGUUAUUCUUAAAAAAACUGAUGACCACUAAAUAUUAUAAAAGCUCUUUAUUUUCAUGAGUUAUUCUAAGAGUUGUACACAGCCUUGUGUUUUGGAAUUGGAAUAUUAAACUCACUUUAAAUUCAGGAUUUUCAUUACUUCAAUAAUAACUACUGGGGUAGUCUAAUGGGUAGAGUAUGGAAUAGGGAAUUCACAGCCAUGAGUUUAUUUCCAAACUUGCUUCAGAUCUCUUUAGGUCUGAGAUACAUGGCAGAAAACAGUUCCCAUCUAAAGCCUUGAAGAAGGUGGUUGCAUACAUAUAUACAGGUAAUAGACAAAAACUGCUAUUCUGUAAAUGUGUCCUGGUAUCUUGAAAUAAAGGUAAUUUUGAGUUAAA